GUCCAAAUCAUUCAAAUCCAAAUCCAAUCAGUAGAUCUGAAUCUGAUCGAUUUGGUCAACCGUUAAUUCGGUGUUUAGCAAAUCGAACUGGUUUAGCCCCGAUUUCAUUUUAUUUUAGUAUGAGUUGGCUAUCAUCAGCUUACAUGCUUUCCUUGAAGAACCAAUUAGAAUUCGGAUUUCUAUCUCAAAGCUAAAGCUCAGUUUUGAAUUAUAUUGAUACGGACUACUGAUCAACUUUUAGCCAUCUGAUCAGGAACAUCAACUAAAUUAGAUUCAUAGCUCAUUCAAAUCUCAUUUAUCUUUCAAAGAGCUUUAGAAGCAAGAAACCAUAUAAAAUGUUAAGAACAACAUCAGAUCCAACUUGUGAAGCUUUCUAUCGUAAACGUCCAAGACCACUUUCACUAAAAUCUAAACCUACUCAAUUCUUUUCAUCUCAUUCUACUUCCGGUAUCCUUUAUUCUUCAAUCACCACUCCUAUACUAGAACUAGAAGAAGAUAAUCUUAACCUUUCACUUCUUCACACCUCUGAACUUCCUUCGCCAAAGAAACUUCGACCUUCACGUGAAUGUGCUACGAUACCUAAUGGAUCUCUCAAGAGCGCUUUCAAGUCUCCGGCUCAAUCUCCUAAUACGACUUGUCCUACUACACCUGAUACAGAUUUUGGGGGAAAGAUCUCGGUUGGAAUCGUAGAGAUGGACUCUACGUUUCCUUUCUCGAGCGCUCGGGCUAGUUCGCCUACACGCAAAAACGUUCACUUCAACUGUGAUGAAACAGAGGUGGACUCAUUAACGACGGUGAUGUUAUCCAUACACCUAACCCAUUCACCUCAAUCAUACGAUCGAUCUCCCAUCGAUGUAGGACCUUCACUCUUACUACCACCUCGAUCUUCAAGUGAUUUAUGUGAAGAAAGUGAAGUAGAAAGUAGUGAGGAAGAUUGGUCGGAUCCUGAACUUGGGUUAGAUCUUAGUCGAACUUCUUCGAUUCAUCAAGCUGGGAUCGGUAACUUACAUGCCCUUAAUCCUUUGGCUCUCACUUCUGCUCUGGAUGGGUUUUAAUACCUACUUUUAGUCUGCUUUUUCCUGUGAUCUUCUUUUUUUUCGUGUUUCGUUUGCUCUGAAUCUUCUUCACACCUCUUCUUACUUCAACGAUUAGCGAAAAUUAGAUAGUUGAGGUUGUUGAUCACAAAGAGUGUCUUUUUGGUUCAGAAUUUAGGUCUUGAGGUUUUUAAUUAGAUUUCUCUUUUUAAAUCAAUCAUUUUAAUUCCUUCACCUUUCUUUUAUUUUCUUUUUUGAUUGUAUUUUAAAAAAAAGAAAACCUUAUGUAUUUUGUAUUUUUACAAUUAAGUUUUUUUAGAUCAUUUUUAACCAUUUGGCCCCUUUUCUUUUUUCUUUUUUACUUUUACAAGCUUGUUGUUUUCUUAUACGAUUUUCUUUAAUCUUUUUUUUUAAUUUAUACAUCUUGUUUAUUAUAUUGCGAUCCUAUGUACCAACCAAUGAAUGAUAAUUCACUCCUUUAAUUUUCCCCGGAGUGUUUUUUGAGGUUAUGGAUUGUGUUAUACCAUGCAGGAUACCAGGCCUAUAGAAUACCACAUUGUAUGAUGUUAGAUAAAUUACCACUCGAAGAGACAUAGCUUGUUCCUUUGAAAAUACGUAGAGUAUCAUCAAAACAAAAUAUCAAGGGAUUGUAAACUUUAGAAAAGGAUUGCUAUGCCAGAGGUUCUAUCAAU